AUGGCACCUGCCGGCUGCUGUUGCUGCGGCUGGGGCGGCGCUGUGUCCGCAGCCGGCGCUGCCGGGCGCCUCCUGGCGCUGCUGCUCCUGGGGUCCCUGUCCGCCGAGCUGCACCCGGGAGCCCUGGGCACCGAGUACUACUCGCCGCUGUCCCUGCUCAAGCAGGAGCUGCAGCAUCGGCAGCAGGCGGCGCCCGGGGCCGGCGGAGGCGGAGGCUGCGACCCGCAUUCUGGGGACUGGGGGGACCAGCCUUCAUCGGAGUGCAGCGAGGCAUCUUUUUUGAACUUCCAUGAUUCUUCGGAUUGUGAGCCAAAAGGAUCACCACCCUGUGACUCCUUGCUUUCCCUUAAUGCUGAAAAGAUUCUGAACCAGGCAAAGUCCCUUGCAGAACAAAAGCGAUUACCUUUUGCUACUGAUAAUGACAACACAAAUGAAGAAUUAGCUAUUGCUUAUGUGUUGAUUGGCAGUGGUCUGUAUGAUGAAGCAAUAAGACAUUUUUCAUCCAUGCUCCAGGAGGAGCCUGAGCUCGUUAGUGCAAUUUAUGGCCGAGGGAUAGCCUAUGGAAAGAAGGGACUGCAGGACAUUAAGAAUGCUGAACUUGCUUUGUUUGAACUGAGUCGAGUAAUUACCUUGGAACCAGAUCAUCCAGAAGUAUUUGAGCAGCGAGCCGAGAUACUGUCCCCUCUGGGACGAAUCAGUGAAGCAGUAAGCGAUCUCACUAAAGCUAUCCAACUGCAGCCAUCAGCACGACUCUAUCGACACAGGGGGACCUUGCAUUUCAUAUCAGAGGACUAUGCAACAGCCCAUGAAGACUUUCAGCAAUCUUUAGAACUGAACAAAAAUCAACCUAUAGCUAUGCUGUACAAAGGCUUAACUUUCUUUCACAGAGGCCUUUUAAAGGUAAAAAUAUUGUAAAACUUACCUUUGAGUAAAAGACACUCAUUUUAUUUGGAAAAUAAAUUGUAUUGAUA